CAAGAGGACCCGGGGCGCGCGCCGCGGCGGCGGCGGCUGAGGGCAGCGGCGGCAGCUGCUCCCGGCGGGCCGGAGAUCUGCCUGAGGAUCGCGGAUCGCCUUUAUUUUGCAAUUCUCUGCCAAAAACCAAAGAGUGGAGCUGGAAAUACCCAUUAUUUCUGCAUAGAUGAUGAACUUGUGUAUGAGAACUUCUAUGCAGACUUUGGACCACUCAAUCUGGCAAUGGUCUACAGGUACUGCUGCAAGCUAAAUAAGAAACUGAAGUCAUUUUCAUUGACAAGGAAGAAAAUAAUUCAUUAUACUGGCUUAGAUCAGAAAAAACAAGCAAAUGCUGCAUUCCUCAUAGGCUCCUACGCAAUAAUAUACCUGAGAGAAUCCCCAGAAGAUGUGUACAGGCUUAUAUUGGCAGGAAGUGUUUCAUAUCUACCUUUCAGGGAUGCUUCCUUUGGUACUUGCAGUUUUCAUCUGACAUUGCUGGACUGUUUUCAUGCAAUAAACAAGGCUUUGCAGUAUGGUUUCCUGGAUUUUAGUACGUUUGAUGUAAAUGAAUAUGAGCAUUAUGAAAGAGCAGAAAAUGGAGAUUUUAACUGGAUAAUACCAAACAAAUUCAUUGCCUUCAGUGGACCUCAUUCAAGGAGUAAAAUUGAAAAUGGCUAUCCCCACCAUGCUCCAGAGGCUUAUUUCCCAUACUUCAGGCAACACAAGGUCACCACUAUAAUACGCCUCAACAAAAAACUCUACGAUGCCAAACGAUUCACAGAUGCUGGAUUUGAGCAUUUUGACCUCUUCUUUGCUGAUGGAAGCACCCCUAGUGAUACUAUAGUUAAAACAUUUCUAAACAUUUGUGAAAAUGCUGAAGGUGUUAUAGCUGUUCACUGCAAAGCCGGUCUUGGCCGAACUGGCACACUUAUUGCCUGUUAUAUCAUGAAGCAUUAUCGGAUGACAGCUGCUGAAACCAUUGCCUGGAUUAGAAUAAACAGACCUGGUUCUGUGAUUGGACCACAACAACAUUUCCUGAUGGACAAACAGGCAGAGCUUUGGACAGAAGGGGAUAUUUUCCGUGCAAAGUUGAAAGGAAACCAUAAAAUUGCUGUAACAAGAAUUCUGUCAGGAGUAGAUGAUAUUUCAAUUAAUAACACGAGAAACAGGAGAAGCAUCCAAAAGGACAUUGAACUGUACAGUGAUGACGAUGAAACAAACUGUUUAACACAAGGGGAUAAACUUCGUGCUCUGAAAAGCAGAAGGCAAGCAAAAGCUCCAGCUGCAUCUCCAUUAUCAGUAAUUCUGCAGUCCAGUGUUCAGAAAAAUAAAACCUCUGAACCUAGCAUUUCUGACAGUACAGACAUUACUAAAAGAACUACCAGGUCUGCUGCGAGAAAAAACAAUUUGAAAAGCAGCCAGCCCGUCACAAGGACUAGACCAGUCUGGCGUUGAAUUUCAAAUAAGCCACGAGUGUUGAAGAGGAUAUUCAGGAGUGAAGGGGAUAUGACUAGAGGGAACUUGUUGCAAUUCAAGGAAGAUGACUUUGGCUUCAUUCUUCAGCAAAAAAAAAAAAGAAAUAGAAGAAUCUCUUCCGUACCUGUAGAAUAAAAUGAACUGUGAACGUGCUUGGUAGACGUUUUCCUACCGUGCUAACACUUCCUCAAGCAAACCCAACAAAAUCUGUGUAGAUUCAGACUCAGGUGUAAAUACUUAAGCUCUCUAUUAUAAAGAGGGCUUGCUAAUACGUAUGAAGCAUGUGUAUAAAUUGUGAUGGCAAUCACUCAGCUGCUGACCAGCAGAAACAAAAAGAUGGUGGGAGCUUUUAAAUAUAUAAAAUCGUGUUGUCCAUUCAGAGUGGGCUGAAGUCUUCACUUGAGACUGAGAAUCAACAACAAAAGCUUUAUUUCUUAUUCUAGUAUUGGUACUCUCCUGUCUUCAUUGGCUGUUUUCUUAUUUUGUAUGAAGUUUUUUAUGAAGCUGCAGUAUUGAGUACACUAAGUAACUAUUGUCCACCAAAGAGUGCUUUAUUUUCAGAGGUUGUGUGGUUUGUUUGUUUAGGAGAAGCUAAUUAUAAGUGAUUGUUUUUAAUAGUGACAUUUUUAGUUGUUCACAACCAAUGGCUCUUUUAACCACUUACAAUUGCUUUAAAUCUGUUAUGAUUUUAAAGGGGAGGAAAAACAGUUUACCAUUUAAAGCAGUGCUGUGGUAUUGAAAUAUCAUUACUGUUCCCUUUCCUACCAUCAAGUCUAUUAGGUGAAACUUUAGGUUACCAUAUACAAAAGGUAAGAACUUCCCCCAGAUUUUAUUGGUAUGCUUGAUAACAUGUGGAUGCCAUUGUUUUUUAUCUUAGAGGCACUUAGUGAGUGCAGCACACAAAAAAAAGGGAAAGUAAGCUUGCCAUCCAACUGAGAUUGCUGCUGCAACUCAGGGGCAGGCAGAAUAUUUGACAUCUAACUAACACUUUAAGAACUACAUCUUACCUCUGUUAAAAAGCAGUGUAAUUUUUAGGGGAUUCUAUUUGAGACUGACAUUGUCAUCCACUACAAGACUGUCUUCAAACACUGGCAGUGUUUUUUUUCCCCUACUUCUUUUCACAUUAUGAAAUCUCAAAGCUGAUGUACCCUUGUCUGCCAACUGAUGUUUAUAGCUGCAUAUCCCUCAGAUGAGGACUAUUACCACAUAGCCUUAAAUAUGAUUCAGUUAUUUGUUGAUUUAGUGACUCUUACAGUAGAAAGUAGAAGAAAUGGAGAGAUCUGAAAUGUCAGUAAUGGAAUAACUGAUUUUUUUAAAGAUAAAGAUUACCUCUGCAAGAGGGAGAAUUUUAUUUUUAUGAAUGUAAAUGUUCAAUGACUAGUUUCAAUCUACAUCCUUUUAAUAAAAAGUAAUCUGUUAGGGUGGUGAUUUUUAAAUGCCAAUAUGAAAUAGUCACACAGUGGUUUGAAAACAUUUUGUAGCAAGAGCAUCAUGAGCUGGAGAGGAAACAGGAUGUGAAGUGUAAGUAAGCUUUCAGGUAGCAUCCGUGAGUUUGGAUAGUCAAAAUAUGCAAAUAUGGAUACAAAGAAAACUAAAAAAGUAUAGUGCAAAGUAAAGGACCAUUGAGGCUCAGACUGCAGAUAUUUCUUUUGUUUUCUCUUAAACUUCACAGUCACCACCAUUUUCUUCUUGGUGAAAAGCACCUCAAAGAGAGGGACUGAUCUCAUCCUGGUAAGGGAAUUAAAAUUUCGUGGGGUUUGGAGGGCUGUGUUUUGGGUUUUUUGUUGGUUGGUUAGGGUUUUUUAGUAAGCCACCUGCCCAAAAGCUGAAGUACAGGUGGCCACAAUAGCAGGUAUAUUGUGCAAAUAUGAAUCUUAGUUUAUUUUUUGAGAACAUUCUUAUCUCAGAGGCAGAAGGGAUGAAACUGCUGAAGUGAGAGUCAAAACGAGAGAUUUAGUGGUAUUUACUGUGUUUGGCUUUGCCUUUCUCUCAGCUGAGCUGCUUCUAGCAUCGUUGUUUUUAACCUAAAAAUAAUUGGUCUACUUCUCACCCCUUCCAAAUUCCAAAACAGAAUUUGCCUGUUUUAAAGGCAGAGUCUUUAGCACUUCUGCCUUCAUCAGAAGUAAAUGUGUGUAACACAAGUGAGCAAACAUACACAACAGCCACUCCAGCUAGACCAAAACUGCAUUUUUGACAUCAGUGUGUUUGAGGACACCCCUUCCAGCAACCAGGAUCUCAGAGAAGAUAAAUGUCAGAGACACAUAAAUGUCAAAGGGAUUUUAUGUUUGAACUUUCCAAACAGCCUUAUAUGGAAAACAAACUCAUUACCUCAUUGUAUCCCAUCUAAUUGUACUGCUUGGUUUGUUGUUAGGAAUUUUUAGUACUUUUGCCUCAAGAUUUUAUUAUACCAUACCAAAGUUGUCUUAGGUACAGGGCAUGGUUUCUAAAUCUUUUUUUGAAGUAUUAUGUGCCAAAAUGGAAGGUGGUGGCAGAUGUAUUACCACUGUACCAGAGAGCAGCUGAGGGAAGUUAUUUCUGCUGUCAUCAAUUACGAGUUUUUCUCCUCUGAAAUUCUUUCCCUUUUCAAAUGAAUUCCACAUCGAUCUCCUACUCAUGGAGUAGGAGUUAUAUUGGGUUAUAUUGCUCCUUUCCAUUACAGCAUCAAUACCUUAACUCAGAUGUUAACCCAGACCUUGUCUUUUUGCCCCAGUAUGACAGCAGAGAAAGUGCUGCUGAUCUAAUACAGCAACAAAAAAAGAUUUGUAGAGACUCAAAAUAGGGGAAAACAUGAUAGACAUGAUGUUCACCAGUUUGUUGCACUGCAGUUUUUAUAUUAAUCAGUGGCAGUCUGUUUUGUGUAAACUCAUGUAGGCUAUCAAGGUCUAAAAUUUUGUGACUAAUCAGUACUGUGCAUCCUGAUUAUUUUUAAAUUGUAUAUUUCUAGUCAUAUUUUUUUAACUUGGAGUGACAGAAUGGAAGUUUAUUUUGCUGAAGGUAUUUUUAAGAUAAAGGUUCGUAUUAUCUUGUAAUAUUAAUUAGUUCAAUAUGCAUUUGUGUCUCAUUUGAAAAUACUGCAUUUGAUUUUAUACAAAAUACUGAAUA